AUGGCCACCGUCAACAUUCGCCGGGAUGUCACCGAUCCCUUCUACCGUUAUAAGAUGGAGAGGAUCCAGUCCAAGAUCGAGGGCAAGGGCAACGGUAUCAAGACCGUCAUUGUCAACCUGAACUCGGUCGCCCAGUCUCUCAGCCGCCCUCCUGCGUACGUCAUCAAGUACUUCGGCUUUGAACUUGGUGCCCAAGCCAAUGCCAAGCCGUCCGAUGACCGUUGGAUCAUCAACGGUGCGCAUGACGCUGCCAAGCUCCAGGAUUACCUUGAUGGGUUCAUUUCCAAGUUUGUUCUCUGCAAGAAGUGCAAGAAUCCCGAGACCGAUGUUUUCAUCAACAACGACAAGAUCGUCCUGGACUGCAAGGCCUGCGGUCAACGCACCGAUGUCGACCCACGUCUCAAGUUGAGCACCUUUAUUGUCCGCAACAACCCUAAGGGAGGCAAGAAGGACAAGAAAGACAAGAAGGCCCGCCGUGAGCAGAAGAAGGAGAAAUCCGCUGCUAACGGCGACCAGGAUGGCAGCCCUGGCGACAGCAACAAUUCCGAGAAUGGCGACGAGAACGGCGACGGCGACGAUGCCGGUAGCGAUGAUGAACUGACUCGCCGCAUCAAGUCUGAGGCUCAGACCAUCGAGGCGGAAGUUGAGAUCAAGGACGACGAUUGGGCUUUCGAUGUGUCCGAGGAGGCCGUCAAGGCCCGUGCCAAGGAUCUCCCCUCGGACCUGAAGCGCUCCCUGGUUCUGGAAGAUGUCGACGAUGAAGAGGCCGAUGGUCCCUCAUCCUACGAGCAGCUGGGCAGCUGGAUUCUGGAGACCGCUGAGGAGAAGGGCGGCGUGACCAAUGUUAGCGACAUCGACGUCUACAAGAAGGCCAAGGAUUUCGGCAUCGAGACUAAGCACAAGACUGUCGCUGUUCUGGCCCAGAGCAUCUUCGAUGACAAGAUCGUCAAGCAGAUCGAGGACCGCGCCCCUCUGCUGAAAAAGAUGAUCACGUCCGAGCGCCACGAGAAGGCUUUCCUUGGUGGUACUGAGCGUUUUGUGGGCCAGGACCGCCCCGCUUUGGUCGCCCAGGUGCCUGCCAUUUUGCUUGCCUACUACCAGAACGACCUCGUGUCUGAGGAGACCCUCAAGGCGUGGGGUGCCAAGGCCAGCAAGAAAUACGUCGACAUUUCUACCAGCAAGAAGAUCCGCAAGGCAGCCCAGCCUUUCCUAGAGUGGCUGGAGAAUGCCGAGAGUGAGGAUGAGGAGGAGGACAGCGAGGAUGACGAGUAG